GUUGAAGUAGUGUGUAACGCUGAAGAACAAAAGUAGUGGAGGUUGCAUUCAAGUGGCCCGAAACACAGUUCGCGGUAUUGAAAUCUUGAGCUGAUUCUUUCAAUUGUUUUCGCAUGAUGCCGGUGGGGGUUAGACAAUUGUGAGAAAGUGCAAAACAUAUGAAUUUUUUAUGUAAAGAAUAUUUGUGAUAUUUGGAUUAUUUAUCAGGCUGGCAAUAUGUUACAGCCCAGGAGGAACUUUUUGUUGGUUUUACUUUUGUUUGUUUUAGUGGAUUGCCUUAAAGGUUUUGAAGGUGAUAUAAAUCAAACACCUAGGAGAAGGCGGCAAAAUGAAAAAGAUCUCACCACUGUACUACUGGUCGACAGUCGUGGAAGGUCUUCUUUCGGAAGGUUUCUCAGUGUCAAACCAGACCUAGGCCUUAUCACCUCAACUGCUCGAACUUUCAUACAAGAGGGAGUAACCACGGAGUACGCCACUCAAGUACUUGGUACUACCCUUGACAAUGGACGUUUAUAUGCUCAUUUACUUACAAAAAGCUCCAGAGUACUAUACGACGAUUCUCCAACGAAAGCUCACGAACUAUCCAAUAAAAGAUGGCACCUGAACGAAAACCUCAUCAAUCCUCAACAAUUCAUAAGAAACAUUGAUUACAUUUCUCCCAAUAACGUGGAUAGUAUUCAAGUAUUUCCUACUAAAUUGGGAAAUCCACAUAUACCGAUUACAAAUAACCGUUACGAAGAAACUCUAAGUAGUCCACAGGAAAUUAUCGAAGAGGAAAUAUUGAAAGAAUCACCAUCAAAUAACUUCAGGGUGCCUUUUGAUGAUGAUUUAAAAAACAGUGUUGAUAUUCCAAUUCAAAAUAACGUGAAGGUAUUCAAAAUAAGUCCACAAAUUCGUGAUAUCACUCAGGAAAAUAUCAUAAAUCACAAAGAAACGAAUGAUAAACCUCUUUUCGAUAAUUUUGCACCAUCGAAAGUGAAACCUUGGGAAAAUUUACCGACUUUCACCGUCAGGAAUGAAUUUUCCCCCUCCGUAUCGUUUUUGGGGGAUCUCCCAGAAUUUGAGGAACGUACAGAACGAGCUAAAAUAACCACACCAGCUGAACGAAGAGCAAAAUUAUUAUUCAGAGCUGGUUUGACCAAACCAAGUCCUAAAGAUCUAACAUCAAUAACCUACAGUGGUUUCGCAGAUUUCACUACCACUGUUGGAGACACUGUCAUCAUUUUUUCACCACAUACAACGACGGAAAUACAAAAUCUAGCUGAAACUACAAAAAUAUCUGUCGAACCUAUAUUAAUUCAGCCCACCACUACUCUACAAGAACCACCUUUAGUAACACAAAUCAAAACAUUUUUAUCUUUGGAGCCACCUAUAGAAACAAAGACUUUCAAAGGUCAUAAACUAGAAAUGAAAACUUCUAUUCCGACUAUGGUGAUAGAUAAAACAGAUAGAGCAAGAGAACCUAAGAGUGAGAUACUUGAUGAACAAAUAGACAUGGAUGCAAAAUCUUCUGUUUUAGCUCAUGAACAGGGACAGGAAACAGAAAGUAGUAAAAUUUCAAUUACUUUCUCUUCAGAUGUUAUUCAACCAUCGGAGAGUCAACCAAUAAUGUUAUCAACACCUUCCGAUGAAGAUAUCGCAAAUGUUCUUGCAUCUCUGCAAGCCUUAGCUAGACAAUCAACAGAGCCAUUCAACAGAGUAUCCAAUAACAUUCCUGAUCUACCCAAAGAAACUUUCAAAGAUCUCAGUGUAAGUGGAGCAACAACAAUAUUUUUCGAUGAUGACUUCCCAAUCGAAACAAGUUCAACAACACAUUCAUUGUCAAGCAAACUGGUUGAAGAAGAAAUAUUGAUGACUACUGAUGGAGAAAUAACUACAUACAUAACUACGGAAGAAGUAUCUGAAACACAACCUUCAACGUUCAAAAAAGAAACGGCAACUGAAGAUGAAAUUCUAACGACUAGUGAGAAUAUUAUUAGUACCACACCAUUUGAAGUAAUAACACCAGAUAUUAGAAAAAAUGAGGAUAAUAAAUUUGCUGACAUUGUUUGUUCUGAUGGAAGUAAAAUUGUUCCUUCCACUGUCUAUAAAACGUUGACAUAUUUGACAACAUUUUUCAUUCCCAGUGAUGGAACAACGACAACUUCAAUUAAAUCUAAUGAAGUUAUAUCAUCGGAAAUUAAUUAUCAGACAACAUUGUGUGAUCAAAUUUCCAUACUUCCAAAAUCCGAAACACCAAAACCAGUUAUCGAUGAUAACACAACUAUUCAAGAAACUGAUGAGACUACUCCCAUUUCUGAUGAUAUUUUAGAAGUGACGGAGGAAGUAAUAUCUACAGUUGAAUUUUCAGAAACAACUCCUCAAGAAAUAACAACGGAAAGCCAAUAUAUGACGGAAUCAGAAGGGGAAUCAACAGAUGCAACAACUGAAGAUGGAGAUGAAGUUGAAGUAAUAUUUAAAACAUUAUACACAACUUAUACGUAUCUUACGACGUACUUUCAAGAAACAACUUCAUCAGUCGCUAGUAGAAUAGUUGUUACUACAAACGUUAUCACGUCAACUUUGGAUCCAGGAAAAGAUGCUACAGAUGAUGCCGUAUCUGGAUUAUUUGAUAACGAUAGGAGUUUACUCUCAAAAUAUAAAUCUAAAACUGUGACAUUCGAAGAUGUUGCUAACAUGGACCCUUCUAGUGCUGAAACUGUUGCUCCCACUAUUUCGUAUAACUCAGAAGAAUUUCCCACAGAUUUUCAGGAAUCUGUUCUCUCUAGACCAACGCCUAUUCUUGACGAUAAUAAGCUCUUGCAAACUGUAAAUGGUGUUAAAACUUAUUACACCACAUAUACGUACUUUACAACAAUUUUUGUUGAUGGAGAAACUGAAAUAUCCAGUAGAACAGAAGUUUACACGAACUACGUUACUCCCUCGUUCCAAAGUAUACUUGAUGAAGACAUAAAACCCACAAACGUUGCGUCUCUGGGGGAAGAACAUACAGAAACAGAACCAAAAUAUGAUGAUAAUGAUUACAUCAGACAGAAAAUCUUAAAAUCAAAUAUAAGAGCUCAAAAUAAUUAUAAUACGAUAAAUCGAAAAAAGCCUCAUGACUCAGAUAAUCAAGGUGACAACGAAAUUUAUGAAACUUCAGAUUAUAAAUCAGUAGACAAAAUUUCAACUUCAGCAAAACAAUCAACAGAAUAUGUAACGUUGGAACGUGAAGUAAAUAGUUCAAAUAACGAUGAAAUAACAGAAAACAAUAUUCCUAAUUUGAGUGAAUAUGAAACCAUUGCUACAAUGGUGACAGAUGUGCGAAGCAGUACUUCAGAAGGAGCUCGUAGGGUUAUAGAUAAUGUUGAUAAACGUAAUGUGCUGGCGGAUGACCAGAUUGUAUCGGAAUCAAAUAAUGAUUCUGAAAUCAUACCUUCGCCUACUUUGCUCCUUCAAACUAGUUACACGACAUUCACGUACUUCACCACCAUGUAUCAUGGUACAACUUCUAGCAAUGUUGUCAGUAGACUAGAAACAAUUACAAAUGUAGUAACGCAAACGUUAACACCAACGCAAACACUGAGCGUGGAAGAUCUUACUUUACCUAUAACCUAUUUCACCACAUUUACGUAUUGGACCACUUUAUAUAAAGACGGUACUACAAAAAUAACCAGUAGAGAAAAAACUGUUUCCAAUAUUGAAACACCUGCUAUAGAAGCAACAGAAAUUAAUGAGUCAGUUCCAACAAGUGCAGAAUCAUCAAGUACAAUACUCCCUACAACAUCUGAAAAUAUAGUUCCUUCAAGUAUAGGAGACGAUGAUCUGACUACUUAUUUCACAACAUAUACGUAUUACACAACAUCAUAUAUUGGGGAUGAUACUGUUUUGAAUAGUCGACUGGAAACUGUAACAAACGUUUUGAACAAUUCUUUCGAACUCAGCAGUAAUCAUAUUGGGAGAGCAGUUGGAUCCGGUAAAGGGAAUAGCAUAGAGGAAACUGAUAAUAAAUUAAAGGUUGAACUUCCCAGUAUUACUAGUACUAUCAAGCCAACCGGACUGUUGUCUACAUUGAUUAGUUCAUUAGAAAACGAUGGCACCACCACAAUAUUAUCAACCGAUGUUUAUGGAACUUAUAUUGAUGGUUUAUAUGCUCAAGUUCUCGAGAGUACUUCUUUCAUUUCAACUAACGAAAUAAAAUCAUCCCCUAUUGAAUCGGUUCAUUUAAACCCCACCGGAGUAGUAAGUAUCAACAAGGGAAAGAUAGUUGAUGCUGAAGGUGUUAGUACCUUAUUUUAUACAACGCAGGCUAUUGGAACAUACAUUGAUAAUCUAUAUGCCCAAGUAAUCGAAAGUACGAGUUCACUUGCCGUUGAUGAGGUAAAGAAAGCAGCACUGCCAACAGACUUGCCAAUAGCACACAGAACGGGAUUGGUUAGAGUCAUAGAAGGAUCCAUUGUUCAAAAUGAUACCACAACAUUUUAUGAAUCAAAGGUUCUUGGUACCAACAUAGAUGGAAAAUAUGCACAAAUUAUAGAAAGUACUUCUAGCUUUCUCGUCGGAGCCCAGGUGUCUGUCAAACCAAGUAUUGUUGAACACAGUAUAAUACCUACUCCCACUCAAGCACCUGAGAAAAUACAUUCCACAACCAACACAAUUUCCCCAUCUCCAGUUGCGAUAGAGGGGUCUAUUAAGGACUCUGCAAAAGAAGAUGAAGAAAUAAGUUCUGAAGAGAAUGAUGAAAACGAACCGGAUGAAAAAGAGAGUGGUAGAACGAAAUAUAAAUUAUCAUUUCAAUCUCGAAAACGAACCAGUACACCAGCCAUUCGACCAUUUGCUUCAAGACAAAGACCUACGUUUGCUCCAAAACGCAAACAAUCUGGACAAAGUACAGCUGCUACCAUUACUAGAAGCGAUUUUACUCCAACUGUUACUGCAGUUCCUGCAUCUAAACCGAACAGGUUCGGUGGCAGGCGAUCAUCUUCGGGUGUUAACAUUAUUCAACCCACGGCAUCGGGUGGCAGGCGAUUUUCAAGACCAAAAUCUACCGGUAGUGGAAAUGGCUUCAGCUCAACUUUUGGAAGUGGAAGACGCAGUAGUUCACGAAUUCAACCAACAAUAUCUGGAUCUAGUUCAAGAAGAGGUGGAUUCAGAUCUUCAAGCUUUGGAGUUUCAAUCAGACCUAGUUCUUUAUUCGGAGCUAGACCCCGAGUUCGACCUACUCUAGUUUCUGGUUUACUUAGAUCUCCCAGCUCAAAUAUUGUAUCUCAAACCUCCUCUGAUGCUGAAAAUGAUUUGACUACCAUAGUGACUGAUGAACCUACCGACAUUACUGAAGAGGAUAAUGACACAACUUUGGCUUUACAAUCCACAACGGAAAUAUCAUCAUCUAAACGAAAUCAAAAUCCACUUCUGAGAUUCAGGAGGCCACCUCUGGCAGCUCGUACUACACCAAGAAGCGCCGCAGUGAGAACCGGAAAAAAUCUACCGAAAAAAGGAGCAACUAAAACGACAUCUAAACCAAACACAACUUUCAAUAGGCCAAGUAGUUUACUUAGACCAAGACCUAAUGCAUUGUUCCCUAGACGUGGUUUAUUCACAACUACAACGAAUGCACCAGAAGAAGAGGAAGAAGAUUUUGAUGAUGGCGAAGAUCUAGAGGAGGAGGGCGAACCAGAAGAAGAUACCGAUUAUGAUAGUUCUUUAACAAAUAUCCAAAUAUCAGAUCCUCCUACCUCACAAAUAUCUGAGAGUGGUAGCCUUAGUAGAAACAACGUUCAAAUUCAACCAUUCUUCAGGAAAAGAUCUAAGCGUGAUACAUACUCUAGAUUCCGGAGACCAACUAGUACAACUGCUUCUCCGGAAAAUCACCAUCAACAAACUGAAAAACCCCAAAAGCCGUCUUCGAGAGGAAGAUAUUCUAAUAAAGCUAGAAAUGCCAAAACUUCCCAUUCAACGACUUCUUCUCCAUCUAACAAGAGAUCGAGAAUAUCACCAACUAAAUCGAAUCAAACAAGAACACAAUUCACCCUCCGAGAAAAUGACAAGAAAAAUAAUUUUAAACGCCCCACUUCAUCAUCAGGUAGAUCUAGCAAAACUACAACUGUCUCUAGACCAAAACCUCCAAAAUUACGUAACAACCAUCAAACUGAAUCGUCAGCCAUUCCGAGAAAAUCAUCUAGUAGUAACAGACAAAAUGCGAGAACGAAUAAUAGAGCCAAAAAUACUCAGCGUCCAAGAUAUCAAAAUAAUGAUAAUAUUGAAAACGAUAACUUUGUAUUACCUUCAUUUGACGGAACAAUUACUAUAACUCAUCAAAUUCCUAUGGAAGUAACAAUACCAGUAGUCAAUGGAAAAAUUACAGAGUAUAAAAAUAUUGUUACUGCUAAGUAUAGUACGGAAGUUCUUGGCCCUUUGGAAUAUUCAACAUCACAGAAUGCUUUUGGGACGGAAGUCAAGGUUUUAUUGAGUGAGAAUACUGCUACGGGUAAUAAUGGUGCAACAGUUAUUACCCAAUUUAUUCUUAAUGAAACUCCAACCACCAGUAUUAUAUUUACUCCUACUUAUAUCAAUAGGCGCAAAACAUCAUACUCUCAUGUUAUUCCAAGUACGAUUUAUGAAGUAGAACAGAUUGUGAAUACAAUUCAACCUGCUCUAGCAGCUCAGGCACCUCUAGCAAACAUAUUGCUGUCUCAGUUGCUAUUAGGUGGCCUCCAACCUCAACCAAACCCUCUAUUGGGACUUCAGCAACCGCCGUUAGUACAACCCACUCCUACAACGGAAUUCAAAACCAGAACAACAACAUAUAUAACCACAAUAACAAGCGAAACCUCAACAGUCAUACCGCUUACAUUCAGAGGCAAAGAAAUUUUUACAACAAUCAUCGAUAGCAGCGUUAAUGUUCUUACUGCUACAGAAUUUUUAACAGAUACAGUAGUACUUACGCCUACUUUAGGUUUUCCUGGACCACAGUUGAAUACUGCUUUAUUACUACCCCUUUUGCAGCAGCAACUUCAACAGCAGCAACUUCAACAGCAGCAACUUCAGCAGCAGCAACCUGCAGUGAAUUUUUUACUGUCUCAACAGCCAGCCAAUGUAUUUAAUUUGGAUCAGUCUGAAAUCAAAUCUUUGAACAAAGACCAAAAUAAGCUCAAUUUAGCUCUGGUGGACUCUGAGGAACUUCAAGAAACUGAAGAAACUACACUUUCACCCAGAAGAAAAACUUCUAGAAGAGGAAAAAUCAACAAACCCGCCCGAGUAGAACCACUUAAAGAAACGAGUAUUGUGACCCUUUAUGUAUCUGGCAGGACUCCUGGUGAAUUCACAACUGUUCUGUCGACAGUAACAAUAGGUGAAGAAGGUGUUAGGAAAAGAAGAGAAGUACGUGUACAGCCCUCUAAAUUAUUUACUGAAUCGGUCUUCAGUACGACUGAUAUUUUCGAUGGUUUAGUCAUGUCUACUGAAGAUACUUCACUUGAGACAUCGGAAACUGAAAAAGAAACAGAAAGUUUAGAAAGUAUUAUAGGUGAUGUUCCAAAAUAUAUGACACAAACUCCUGAACUAUUCAACACAGAACCUACAAAAUCAAAAAAAUCUUCAGAAAAAUAUAAAAUUGAGUAUGUGAAAGCUUCGAAAGAAAUUUCGAAUAAUUUUUUAGUCGAAACGUCACUAGAACAUGGGGGCAUUUUCUCCAACUCAAGUUUCUACGUUUCGCAUAAAAUUGGCAAACGAAUACAAUCAAAGCAUUCAAAAUUAUCAAGGAUCAAAAGAGACUUAUCCAAAACUAGUGACAUCAAAACUAUUAUACCAACUUAUCUUAAGCAGAAAAGAGUUGUGAAGAAGCUGAUACGGAUUCAACCAGUAAUGAACGACACGUCAUAUAACUCUCGAGAAAAUAAUGUUUUUGAAACAAAUACUAAACCCAGUGAAAUUGGUGUUACAAGACGAAUACUAAGACGAUUGAAAAUCAAGAAAAAGAAAAAACGUAUUAUAAACCAUCUCACAAGAGACCAUGUAGGUGAUAUCGAUGUCGAAGAUCACGUGCAGCAAGCAACAAAACCAAGAAGGAAAGUAGUUAUUACUAGAAAACGCAUUUUACCUGAUUCCAAUAAAACAGUAAAUGUCCGGCUUUCAAACGACGUCAUAUCUUCGAUAAUGACUAGCGAAAUUAAAAGUGUGGCUGUCGAAUCUGUUUAUGAAAACAACCUCCACCAUUCAAGAUAUGAUAGUUCCAAUAAUUCAGAUGAAAUUGUCGACAACAACGAAGAUGAAAACGUUGAUAGUGGUGAAAGUUUUGAAGAAGCUGAAAAUGAAGAUGGAGAGAUCAACGAAGAUGAAUCUGAUGACGAUAGUGAAAUCGAUGAGUACGAUGGUGAAAUUGAAGAUGAGGAGGAAAUUGAUGACGAUGAUGAAACUGAUGACGAUCAUACAACUAAUGAAGAAGAAGAAAAUUAUAAUGACGAUGACCAUUCAACUGAGGAUGACACAAUAUCCACGGAAUAUUACGAUGCAGCAGAAAAUGUACCACGUGAUGAGAAUUCUGAACAGAAAAUCAACACCAUGAGUAGUAUUGAUGAAAAAUACGAGGGAAAUGGAAUUAAACAACAUUCGGACGUUCAAAAGGACGAGAUAAGUUCUGGGUAUUUGGGAGAUGAAUCAUUUGACAAAAAAUAUGUAGAACUGAAAAAAAAUCUAAAUUAUGAAGAUGUAUUCAACAUAAAUAAUCAACCUACUUUCCAAGAUAUUCCUGAGUAUGAACCUUCUUUUCCUGAACUGACUGAAUCUCUUGAUGCUCCUGAAUUUCUUCUAAAGACUACUGUUUUAUCUUCCACUGAAUUUCUGACUAGAACUGUUACUGAAAGUAGACUAAGGACAUAUACUUUCGUCAUCACCAGAGUUAGCGGAGACGAACAAAUAAUAACGUCAACAACUGAAGUGAAACCUCAGAUAAAAACAAGCGUAUUAACUGAGUCUCACAUCAAAUUUACAACUCUAACAUUGUUGAACUUAGACGCCACACAGACUUUAACUGAUUUUGAAAAUACUCUAAUUACCACUCUGGAUAACCCACAAACUCAACUUCUUAACCAAGAGCCUGAAGGUAGAAAUUUCAAUGAGGAAGCUAGAUACAACCUUGCUACGAGAAUUAUGUCCAAUGGAGUGGAAGUUAUAGUUGCUGGUGACAAGAAAACAUUACCAGGAGAGGAUUUCAAAAGAUUACUAUCGACUGGAAUUAUAAAACCUGUAACAUUGAAGCCGAGUACACUUACGGAUCACAUGGUCAUGAUGAUGCCUCAGGAAGAAUCAAACGUUGGAACCAUGCCAUCCCUUUACACUAACCAGUUUGUUACCAAAACAUGUUUGACAACAUUCACUUAUUUGACUACUUAUCUUGAGGGAAGUACUACUACUGUUUCUAGUCAUGAACAGAUCGUGUCGAACGUCGCUACAGAAGAAAGGAACACGGGUAAAAUUUUACCAACACCUGCUAUGGGUGUAACAUUAACUCAGUUUCCAAAUUUAUCCGUUGGGGUCUUCCAUACAACAUAUACGUACCUAAAUACAAUUUUAGAUGGUGAACAGCCACUGGUCCUUUCUUCCGAACAUACUGUUACAAAUACUGUCACUGCUCCUGAUGACUAUCUUUCACUCCUGCAACCAUCGGAAACGAUUUCAGCGAUGAAAGACACCAAUACCUAUUAUAGUACAAUUGGUCUUGAAAAAACAUUAUAUGAGGGAGAUAAAACUUCAGUUAUUAGUACCAGAGAAGUGGUGACUCAGGUUGUCAUAACAGAAAGCGUACCACCACAAACUACUUCAGUAAUGACCUCAUAUAUAGCUUUAGACUUGGAAGAGAAUCCUUCCUCGAUCUCCUCAUAUAUCACAACAGAUGUUGUCAAAACAUACUUUGUUACAUAUACAUACUACAAUACACUAAUAGAGAAUGGAAAGGAAGUUGUCCAGAUGAAUGUUUCAACAUCAAGUGAUGUUGUAACAGAACAAUUAUAUCUUCUGCCAAAGAAAACCAAUAAUAUCAUUGAGAGCACAAUUUCUUCAGCCAAAAAUGAUUUUUUUGAAGAUAUGAGAGAGUCUAGUGGUCUAGAGAAAUUCCAGAUUCUUGCAACAAAGUCUUAUUUCACCACUUUCACUUAUUUCACAACCCUUCUUCAGGAAGGAAACGAAGCAACCCCAACAGUAAUAAGUUCGAGAACUAAAGUUGUUGAAAAUUUGAUUACUGAAGUUAUAAAUCCAGACCUUCUAGAUGAAUCAUACUUGAAUGAGUUCAAAAAUUCCCUCGAUGAAGGUCACAACACAGUCAUUACUGUUGCAACUUUGUUGAAUGGACAGAAACUUGAGGUAACAGCUUUCGCUACUAAAAGUGAAAACGGAAUUGAACCAACCAAAACAUUGCCUAUAGAGAAAACUGAAAUUCCAAAACUGAAGAUACAAAGCGAAACUACUACAUUGGAAUCUUCCUCACCAAGUAUCAUCACAGGGUCAACGAUUGUUUUCAUAGAUGAUGAUCCAUUUGCCCAACUUACAGCUACACCAAUACUAACUACGAGCUCAAAAUUGAAAACUCUUGACCAUAAUAAUAGCUUAGCUUCCCUCGUGAGUUCAGAGAUUAUCGAAGUGAGUGAGUCACCAACAGCUCCAAAUAAAAGCAAACGAUCCACUAAGAGUAAAAUGAAAACUAAUUACGAUAAUAUUUUGCCAUCAAAAACCAAAACAGAAAAAAAUAAAAUAAAAACUCGAACUCCGACCCAAAAGCCUGUCAACAUUCUAUACGAAAAUGGACAAGAUGAACCAGUAAAUAAAAUUGAAAAGCCGGAUUCCUCCCAAUCAGAUUUGUUGGGUUUAGCAUCAAUUAAUAUCAACAGCUUGCAAGUUUUGACCCCUGUUCUCAAUGCUAUGGCCGGUUUGAUCAGCACUAAUUUGAAAACCAAUAGAAGAAAUGAUAUUAACAUCACGACAGGAUCUACUAUUGGCAAAAACCCUGAUGUAAUUCAUAAAGCUAAUGGAGAAUCUUCUUAUGACUCACAAAAUAGAUCUCCAAUUUACAUACCUGUUGGAGGACUAGCGGAUGAUUUUGAAAUAGCGGAAAGUCAAAAUAUUGCCAAUUUUGACUGGAUCGACUCCCCAUCGAAACAGAUAUCUAGUACACCUCAUGAAACGCCUCUUUUGAAUGGAGGAAUACCGAUUUCACCAGGAGAAAUAAUUACUGCUCAUUCGGACGUUAUUGUUGGAAAACCAGGUCGAAUUGGUCCUAGAAUCCCUUCAAUUCCUCUACAUCACAUAACAAUAGAUAAUGGUGCACCAAUAGGAAUGAAACCACCUCCUGUUCCGAAAAACUUCAGAAACAAAAGUCACGAAUAUAAACAUAUACCUAUCUUAAGCAUAGAUCAUAAUAAACCCGUUCCAAAUAUAGUUCAUGCACCAAAUAAAGAUGAUUACAUCGGUCCUCCACCACCUGUGCCUGGAACCAUGCACAGCUCUCUGAAUAAUAGAAAAAACCUUCUACAUCCACUAAUAAAAUCAAUUGAACCCAGCUAUGGCACCAAGUUCAAGGUACCUCUAAACAAGCAAGUAUCUGCUGAGAGUCAAAAGUAUUAUGAUUCUGCAUAUAAAGUCAAAGAAGGCAAUCUUGAACACCAAUAUCAAAACCUUCAAGGAACUAUACAACAAAACUACAAUUCCAUGGCGGAACACUCCUACCCAUUAUAUGCUCAUAGUCAUUUCGCUAAUGAACCCACUACGUUGAUCAAUGAUUUCAGUAUAAAACCCUCAAUUAUCAACGAACCAAUAGUUUUUCCAGAAAUUGUUGAACGAUCUACCGGUCAGCCUUUGCUAGUCAAUAUUCAGCCUAGUCAGGUUGCUUUCGUAAGCCUUCCGUUCAACAGAACCACUGCCUUGAUAUACGGUGGAUCUACAGAACCACAUAGAAACGGACAAUAUUUUGAUGAUCCUUCUCCAUAUCCCGAACCAGAGUUUUCAGGAAUAGAAUUUGAUAAUGGCAUUCCUCAGGUAGCUUCUGUUUACCAGGGCGACUCAGUAGAUCAGAAACAGGUGAAUGGUUUUAUCAAAGUCCAGAAUCAACUCAUCAAUAUCGACCCUGUCACAAGUGAAAAUCAGAAUGUGGACGUUAACAUCAAACCUACACGUUCACAAAUUCAAAAUGGUGUUUAUGUACCAAUUGGAAACAAUCAUGAAGUCAGUCUGAAUGUUCCACCAAUUUCUUUCGGUUUGAUGCAUCAGGGAAACGAUUUCAAUGCUCACGUAAUAAAUCAUGCUGAUAGUGUAUUUAGACAAUCGUCUCACAAGGUUGUUGAAGAUGAUAGAAAUAAUAAUAAGCAUAUUAAGAACGAUAAAUAUGAAAGUGUUCAUUCAAAACCUGAAUCCAAUGCUAUUUAUUAUCAAUAUCAGAAUGCAAACUUAAAUAACAAAGAUACGCCUUAUUUCCAUACUACAGAGCAUAGAACUCCUAGUGUUGUUGAUUAUAAAUACCAACAUGGACACGUUGAUGAUAAAGAUUUGUAUUAUAUUCAAACGCCUGAAUAUAAAACUCCCAGCAAUGAUGAGCAUAAAAAUCAAUACGGUUACAAUAAUGAUGAAGAUAUGUCCUAUAUCCACAGGCCUAAUCACAAAACUUCCAACGAUUUUCAUCAUAAAUAUCAAAAUGGAUACGUUAACGAUAAAGAUACGUCUUAUAUCCAUACGCCAGAUCAUAAAACUCCAAGUCCUGUUGAUCAUCAAUAUCAACAUGCAUACGAAAAUAAUGAACGUAAGCCUGAUUAUAGAGUUCCCAGUACUGUUCAUUAUACAUAUCAAAAUGGAUACGUUAACGAUAAAGAUACGUCUUAUAUCCAUACGCCAGAUCAUAAAACUCUAAGUCCUGUUGAUCAGCAAUAUCAACAUGCAUACGAAAAUGAUAAACGUAAGCCUGAUUAUAGAGUUCCCAGUACUGUUCAUUAUACAUAUCAAAAUGGAUACGUGAAUGAAGAAGAUGCUUCUUAUGACCAUAAACCCAAUCACGGAAGUAGUCUCCCUGGCAAUAUUCUACACCAAAAAAAUCAAAAUUACAAAAUACAGGUGAAUGAUGUUACUGGCCAUCAAGCAGUAGGAGUACCAGAACAAAUAACUCCUGACCAUACACCAAUUUCAAAACCACAAAACACAACAAAAAUUCCGUCUAUCCCAGAAAGAAGCCAGUGGUGGCUUAAACCGCCUAGAAUUUAUAAUUCAGACUUGAUACAGUACAUGACUCCUCCACCAUUAGUUCAAAAUACUUGGACAAAACGCCCGCCGAUAAAGAGACCGCAAACGUCAUUACCAGUUUCAGAGGUACCUCUUAAUGAGCAAUUCAAUUUGCAUUAUCCAAGUUAUGCUAUACCGUACCCUGCUCCUAACAAAUUUGACGUAUCUCAUUAUCAAAAUAUUGAAAUACCCAGUAGUCUUCCAGAAUAUCAUUCCCAUAUUAGGACGCAAUCAAAUUCGUCGGCAUAUUCUAGUAGUGACUUAAAGGUAGGUUAUCACCGAGAUGAUGAUCUAGAAAACGAAGAUGGUGAAGUUGUUCAGGAAUCAAAUAGUAGACCACUACUACCAGGAGAAGUCCCCACAGAGAUUCUUGAAGCUCAGAAAAAUCCUUAUUCCUCGAAUAAUACUGUUCGAUUUCCAAAUGAUGAAUAUGUUCCAUACUAUGACAAAAAUAUCAAAAUUCAAAUUCCUGUUAUGACUCAAAAUCCGAGACCAUUCGUUACAUCCAAACCAGAUACCAAAAGGACCGUUCAUAAAGAAAAAAUUCAAAUGAAACCAUCUGAAACGAAUUUCGUUAGCGCAAAUCGGAUUUCCUUCACAGAAACAAAUGUGAAAGGUAACAAUAAUUUAUCAAAAUCCAAAGGCACCACUCCAGGAGUUUCUGAAGCUACUAGUUCGAAAGUAUUUGUGGUAGCUGGUAGUCAGUUCGUUGCUAAACCACAAUCUCAUAAAACUAUUAUUAGUGGUUCUCAAUUCUCACACGGACAUAGUAAAAAUAAAUCUUCGAAUUCCAAACCUGACUAUGGUUUUGGUGAUAGAUUUAAACCAGUUUCCUCGUAUGAUAAACCAAACAGAUCACACUCCGGUUAUAAUAAUUUGGGUUCAAAAAUUCAUCAAUCCAUUUCAUCUACGAGUGCAACUAAUCUCCAAAAACCAGUACUUAUUUUCAUUGAUGAGACGGAAGCUAAUAAAAAAGACUUUUUCAAUUAUGCCCAUAAGCCAGAAAUCCCAACUGGAUCGGUUCAACAUGAAAAUGUGAGACCCAGUGUAACGUCAUUGCCGAUUGAUAUUCCCAUUGACAUUCCUGAAAAUUCUGAGAAAUCGCAAUCUAAUAUGAUUCCAGUUAAUACCCAAGCAGAGAAAGCAAUCGUUUUAGAUGACCAUGUUCCAUCAUUCAAUAAUAAUGUCACACAAAUCACAACAGAAAAAUAUUCCAAUAAAAUUCGAAAACCCAUUACUGAAUCCACGUUAUCGGAUGACUUGGUGACAUCCGAUUUGAAUACUGGUGAAAUAACAUUACCAGAUAAUCCUGCAAGUGAUAUAUCAGACAUGGAAGUUUUGAAACCUCCUCCAUCAGUACUACCACACAUUAAUGAAAUAGUGAAAGCUCCUAGUAAAGAGAAUGGUUCUAUAAAAAUGAAAAUUUUAUCUUCAACAGAAAAAACAUAUACACCAAAUUUCCUCAAAGAACUGGUACCUCCUCCAGUACGGACAAUGGAUGAGGAAGUUUUAGGUAUGAAUCCACCCCCUCUCAUAUCAAACAUGUUACCAAACACAACGUUUAAACCUUUAGUUUCAAUGGAAAUCGAUAUCCCUAAAGUUCAGAUGGUACCAGUACCAAGUUCAACAACACAAAAGUACAAAUAUACCACAACCAGAAGACCAUUGACACGGAUACCAAAUUACAAAGUCAUCACAACAACAACUUGGUCAACAACAAAGAAAAGACCUGUAUAUCCAUUUUAUAACUCGAAUCUGACAAAUAGAACUAGUCUAACAGACUAUAUGACAGAACAAAAUGUUAUUAAACCUACACCAUCGAUUAGGAUCAAGCCUCCUAUGGAAGUUAUCAUUGGAAAACCAAAUCUGAAUUUUAAUGAAAGUGAAGAGCCUCCAAGUACUUGGAAGAAUGUGAAAAUUAUCGAGAGAGAUCAAAGCGUCGAGCUCGCUGCAUCAGAGAUUUUCUUCAAUACACCGGCUACAGAAAAAACUGCAUUGUUCACGAAUGAUAUAUCCGAUCUUUCAGCGAUAGAAAGUGGUAUACCAACACGUGACUUUGAAAUUCAUUCAAUUCUCAAUACAACAGACAUUGCAUCGAAAGGUGUUCAUCAUGCUGGAAACGAAAUAAAAAUCAGUGAUGAUUCUACGUCUGUUUCAACUACAAAUAGAAUUCCGUCUAUAACCUCGAUUGGAAUAAAAACAGUUCCCACCAAAUAUAUCACCCACAUGAAAACGGCCACGGUAACUAUCACUAAAACAACAGUGGUGAAAUCACAUGGCAUGAAGAAGCCAUCUACGUCAACUAUAUUGAUAACAACUACAGAAAGAAAAACAAUCAUCGAUACUAUUACCGAAGUUCAUACUUUGGUGAAGCCGACGAAUAUCAUAGAAACAGUUACCACAACAAUUCAACAGGGCAAUUCUUUAUAUCCUCCAGAAGUAUACGGCAGUCCAUAUCCCUCUAUUCAGAUAAAACCCAAUAUCGCGAAAACAGUUCUUAGCGCUUCUAGUUCAACUUUGAAUUUUAUAACAAACGACAGUGAUGAUGAUCUUGACAUCAUUAUUCACGAAACUCCCCCACCAACAAUUCCUAAUGAGAAGGAUCAAGCAGAUGCGAAUGAAUCAAUCUUAGUGGUAAUAUCUGACAAAAAUACCAAAAGUAUAAUUCAAGUUCCAAACAGUACCUUUGAAAUCCAGGAACGAGAUGAAAUGAUAGCAACUAAUAAAGUGAAUAACGUUUUACUGGGCGGUAUUUUGAUUGCCAACCAUCCACGAGAAAAAGAAGGAAAAGCUAAGGAUAGGUGUGAGCCCGAAUGUAAACCAUCAAGGAAUGAACUUUGUCAAAAAUUGGAAGGAAUUAUGAGAUGUGUCUGCAGACCUGGAUUUGCUAGGAUGUUUCCCGAUAGACCGUGCUUGCCAACUUACACAUAUGAAUUGAAUAUCACCUUGGAAAGAAUCGGAAGGGACAUGCUUCAUUUUUAUGAUGAUUUGAAAGACUCGAAUUCAACGGAAUUCAACAAAUUUGCUCAAGCAACUCGUGAGGGAUUGAACAGAAUGGUCAUGCAGUCUGAUCUGAGAGACAUAUUUCACGGAGUGAAAGUGAACUCUUUCGAACCAGAUCCAAAAGGCAUCGUCAGCAAAUUUUAUCUCCAAUUGUCCGAUAAUAUCGAAGAAGAUAGGCUGAUGGACAUUUUCCAGAAGUAUUUGAAAAGUAACAACCACAGCUUAGGCGGAACCGACAUUUUUGCUUCACCUACAGACGUGCUCAAAGCCGACGACUUCGACGAAUGCUCUUUCCCCUCUUUCAACGAUUGUUCAGAGAAUGCACAUUGUUUCAACUUGAGAGGAACAUACACCUGUAGCUGUAAAGAAGGUUUCUCAGAUUUAUCUGAGAACAUGGUAUAUCCGGGAAGAUUGUGUUCUGCGGAACAAGUCGGAUGUGAGAGGUGUAGUUACCAUGGCACCUGCUAUUCAAGAGGUGGAAAUGAAGUGCUCUGUGAGUGUUUCCAGUGGUAUACUGGAGACAGCUGUCAAAUCAAUCUCAAAG